UGGCUAGGCUAACGCCGGCUACUUGAUCAGAGCGGUGUUUGGCCGCGUCGCACGUUGCUAGUUAGUUGCAAUGUUGUAGCUAUUAGCACGCUAGCUAUUCCUUAGCUGGGAGGGAGACCCGCCGUUAAUUUAAACAAACAUAUGAAAUUAAUAUUCAAUAGUUUAAUAGUCAACCUGCCACUGUAGAGAGAAUUAUUCAACCAAUCACCAACUAGCUCGUUGUCUUCUUUCUUCUAGCAUACCCAGCUAGGUAGCCGGCUAGCUAGCCGUUAGCGUUCUUCCACCGUCUCCUCCCUCCGCGUGAACCGUCUCCUGACCCGGCAUGGCAAUGAGACAGACACCGCUGACCUGCUCGGGUCACACCCGGCCCGUAGUGGACCUGGCCUUCAGCGGAAUCACUCCCCACGGAUACUUCCUCAUUAGCGCCUGCAAGGAUGGCAAGCCCAUGUUGCGCCAGGGAGACACAGGGGACUGGAUAGGAACGUUUCUGGGUCACAAAGGCGCUGUCUGGGGAGCCACUCUGAACACAGACGCCACCAAAGCAGCCACAGCCGCAGCUGACUUCACAGCUAAAGUGUGGGAUGCAGUGAGUGGAGACGAGGUUCUAACGCUGGCACACAAACACAUCGUCAAGACCGUCACCUUUACUCAGGACAGCAACUUUCUGCUCACUGGAGGAAAUGACAAGCUGCUGCGUAUCUAUGAUCUCAGCAACCAUGAAGCAGCCCCUCAGGAGAUCGCCGGUCACACCUCAGCCAUUAAAAAAGCCUUAUGGUGCAACAAUGACAAGCAGAUCCUCUCUGCUGCUGAGGAUAAAACCAUACGGUUGUGGGACAGAAGCUCCAUGGAGGAGGUGAAGACACUGACAUUUGACACGUCCGUGAGCAGCAUGGAGUACAUGGCUGAUGGAGAGAUUCUGGUCAUCACUUAUGGAAAGACCAUUGCUUUCUACAAUGCUCUGAGCCUGGACUUGAUCAAAACAGUGGAGGCUCCGGCUACUAUCAACUCGGCCUCCCUCCACCCAGAGAAGGACUUCUUUGUGGCCGGCGGAGAAGACUUUAAGCUCUACAAAUUUGACUACAGCACCAAAGAGGAGCUGGAGUCCUAUAAAGGUCACUUUGGUCCGGUUCACUGUGUUCGCUUCAGUCCGGAUGGAGAGCUGUAUGCCAGCGGCUCUGAGGAUGGCACCCUGCGACUGUGGCAGACUGCUGUGGGGAAAACAUAUGGCCUUUGGAAGUGUGUCCUUCCUGAGGACCUGGGUGCAGAGAACUCUGAGCAGCUGUACACAACGCCUGCUGAGAUCAAGGCCUGAGGAGAAAUCAGCGCUGUGAGGAAACAAUGUGAAAGAAAGAAAAGGAGGAGACGAGUGGAGCGGAGGGGUGUUCCAGUGUUCAACCAGGCCCCAGCAAGGAGCAGUCCAGAGCAUCUCCAUUCAUCAAGCCUGAUGUGGAUAUUACGACUGGCCUGCCCGUCAUAGACCGACACACACACAAUUACAUACAUUUAAACACACAGAUAUUUACUGCAGCUGUGUGACCAGGAUGGGCUGCAGAGUGCAGCAGUAGAGCUGUGAGUGUCUCCUCAUCGCUGCCUGCUUCCUCUCUGAUCAGUCCAGUUCUGUCUGUCUGCUUGAACUGAUUUUAUGCCCCCCAUAAACCCCUCCCCCAGCCGUAAACUCGCCCCACAUGAUGCUAAGAUCGGUUUUGGUUUGAAAGUUAAUGUAUUAAAUGAGCUGGACCAAUGCUUGUGUUUUCAGUUCAUAGAAUACUAGAGGUUGUUGCACAGUUAGUGCUGACGCUACAGCGCUUUUAUUUGUUCCGAAUUGUUGCUUUGAGUAUUUGCUGCUGCUGUUCUGGUUCAGUACAAAGACGUUAAUGUCAAAAUAAAGAAAACAUGUUUUGUGACUACAUGGAAAGGGAAAAAGGUCAUUUUUCUUUCAGUUCUUUUCAAUCUGUCGACAUUUAUGUCCAGUGAUGAAAUAAACAAAAAAGCAUUACUGUUUCAUUUGUUAGUAAUGCAAGAAGAGCAAA